GCCCCUGGUCCGAGACCUCCAGCUGAGCCUUCCGAAGGCCGCUUCGGUGCCCGGCAGCCCCAAGAGCCUCACGAGCAGAGAGGGUAUUGCUGGCGUCGCCUUGAAUUCUGUGCUCUUCGUGCAUGAGCAUCCGGGUGAGGGCAUGACCUGGGUGUUGGAUAACUGUGGUGGCCAUGGCGACACCUUUGGCCACUACCACUACCACGCCCCUCCCCUGUGCCUCCUGCGUUCGCUGGGCGUGGCGGUGCCCGCAGGCAACUGGUGGAAGACCGGUGGCAGGGCCUCCUGGGCAGCCCAAGGCCCUGAGGUUCAAGUCGGAUGGGCUCUUGACGGCGCGCCUAUCAUGGGACCUUACCGUGCUGGGGUGCUGGCAGAUGUUGCAGCCCUUGAUGAAUGCCACGGUGCGAUCGACGAGGCUACCCGCGAAUACAAGUACUACAUGGUCCUUGAGCCGCCAUUCAUGCCUCCAUGCCUUCGCGGCACCCUCGGCAACAUUACCGGCUACCGGGGACGCAAAGGCGGGGAAGCCUGCAGCGGCCAACAGAGGCUGGAGGAGGCCCUGGUCGUCAACUCAGGGCCGCAGGGUCGGGUGCUUCGGGGCAGUGGCUGCCCCGGGCACGCCGUGUUCGAGGAUGUGAGGACUGGCCGCCCCGUCGGCACCAAGAAGCUCGCAGUCAGACAGCUUCAAACCUGCGGCGCCGCCUGUGGCGCUGCCUGUGGCACUGCCUGCGGCACUGCCUGCGGAGCUUGUGGCGCUGCCUGUGGAGCUUGUGGCGGAGCCUGCGGUGCUGCAUGCGGCUCAAGCGGCACUUUCCUUGGCACUUGCCCGGCUGGCGGGGCCUGCGGAGCAUGCGGUGCGUGUGGGGGUGGCUGCGGAGCAGCUUGCGGUGCAGCAUGCGGCACGGCAUGCGGGGCAGCCUGUGGAGCUGCCUGCGGUGCAGCAUGCGGAGCUUCCUGUGGAACAGCUUGUGGUGCAGCCUGCGGUGCCGGCUGCGGAGCCGCAUGCGGCCCAGCGUGCGGAGCAGGCCGCAGGCUCGCCUGCGGCGCCUGCGGUGCAUGUGGUGCUUGUGGCGCAUGCGGUGCCUGCGGUGCCUGCGGUGCCUGCGGUGCAUGCGGUGCAUGCGGUGCAUGUGGCGCCAGUGGAGCUUGCGGAGCAGCCUGCG